AUGCGGGCACGCGAGAAUCGACAGAACACGGAGGAUCAGCGCAGCAUUGUGGGCAGCAUUGGCUAUAUUGCCGGCAACAUGGGCUACAUGGAGGGCAAUCUGAGUGCAAUAGAUUAUUCGUAUGGCGGCGCCACCACCCAUUAUCCACUCUGGAAGCCACCAAGCGGCUAUUUUCCGCAGCAACUGCAGCAAUUGUCGGGGCCAGCGCCGGCGGCCAACAAUUCGAUUUGUGUGCAGACCCUGCCCACGCCCAAGCCCAGUGUUAGCAGCGAGUGCAGCUAUAAAAAUUGUCAUCUUAAUAUAAGCGCCAGUGUAACCACCGCUGCCACAACUGGCAGCGCUUCCAGCUCCUUGGCGUAUGCAGCGGCGCGUCGCACGCCACGCGGCUCACAAGAACUGCUGCACCAGCAACAGCCACAGCAGCAGCAGCAGCAAUAUCUCACUGUAGCCGACGUGGAGAUCAAUGCAAGUGCCAGUGCAGCUAGCUAUCAUUCAUUGCCCGCUACAAGCGAGAUGCUGGCCACGCCCACACACCAUCUUACACAGCAGCAGCAACAUAAUCAGCAGCAACAAUUGCUGGCAGCAGCAUUGUCCACAACCGCCAUAGACAUGUUGCCGCCAAUGGAAAUAGCGACCAUAAGCACAGCAGCACACAGCACAUCCAGCAGCAGCGGCAAAGCAGAUUCGGUUACUCAAACGCUGCCUCUGCCUCAGCAGCAGCAGCAGCAGGGUAGCAAAACGCCAUCCAGUUCGCGUCGCUAUCAUCGCACCAUACCGCGCUAUUUUGCCAUGGCUGAUCCACUGCAGGUGGUCACCGUCAAGCCAAAGUCCAGUUCUAGCUCCAGCGGCAGCGUCAGCUCUAGCUCCACGGACAAGGCCACAAAGAAGCCCAUGUGCCAGUGCCCCAUACAGCAUGUGCCCAUGUCCUAUAUGGGCAGCAAUGCCAAUGCGAAUGCAAAUGCAUUUCUCAACGGCGCCGGCAAACUGUUUGCCUCGACCGGCAACAAUGCCUGCGCCCUGUCACCCAGCGCCAGUACAAGACACACCGCCACGCUGGCCUAUGGCCAACGCGCCAAGUCUACAACUAAUCUGCAGCAGCAGCAGCAGCAGCAGUACGGCCAGGAGCUACUCAUUGGCAGCGGCAGCGGUACGCGCAAUCCCAGUGCUCAGGAGCCCAAAAUUGCCACCAUUUCGAAGCAGGUAGGCGAUGAGCUGCAGCCACAUCCUUCGCACACUGCGAGCAGUGUCUCGGCUAUAAUACCGCCGCCGCCGCUGCCGCAUCACGAGGAUGUCAGUGCGCCUCCAAUUGUGCUCGGCCGUGUUCAGAAGCGUUCCAGUAGCUCGAGCAGCUCUGCCGAACGUACACGUAGCAGCAGCGGGGGCGGACGCAGUGCCUCCAGCAGUGGAGCGGCUGCUGCUGCUACCCAGACCGGUGUCGAUGUGCUCUCCAGCGCCUAUUUGAAUCGAAAGGUUGAUGCCUACUUGAAUCUAACGCAGAAACAACAGCAACAUUUUUAUAACCAGCAAGAACAACAACAACAACAACAGCAGCAGCAGCACAGCUCGAUCAACGAUCAAAGCAAUCCUACUUUACCACCGAAACUCUACAAAAGCCAAACGAAUUUAAAAACAGCAACAACAACAGCAACAACUGCCACCAGCAGCUGCAGCAGCAGCAGCGGGGGCGGCAGCAACAACAAUGCGGUGGCCACCAUUUAUACGCUAAGCAAAUCGACAAUUAGUAGCGCGUAUCAGCGGAAGGAGCAAACGGCAACGUUGACGCUGCCCCCGACUAGUCCCUCGUCCAGCUGCGGCGAGAAGACGAACAGCAAGAUCAACUCGAGCACAUUUUAUCCGCUGGCCAACAACCAUGUGACCUAUACGCUGCCCAAGCACAUAAGCGGCAAGAUCUCGCUGAACAGCACCAUCAACAGCGUGGUCAGCAAAGUACCCUCGGUGAUCAGCAUACCGCCGCUGGAGAACAACAAUGAGAAGACAACGACGACUGGUAAAAGCACCACACUGCCAAAAAUACUGCGCGUAAAACGUGACAGCGAAAGGAGCUCACCGGCGGCAGCGAUCACGGGUGCAACGGCAGCAACUAGCAGCAGCUUGGCCAUUGCCCAUUGCCAGAUGCCCAGCUAUCCGCAGCUGGUGGCCAAGGUGCAGAGUGGGCGCAGUAGCACGCCCAGCAAACAGCUACCUGUGUGCACCACAUCGAAGAACUGUUUGAAUCCUAACGAGCAUUUCUUGCCCAACGACACCAGCCUGGACGACGACUAUCUAAGCGAGUGCGAAAACUGCAAGAUCGCACAGAGUGCCAAAUAUUAUCUGAACGCGGAGCUGAGCGGUGGUGGGGGCAAUGCGCUAACACCGCAAGAAACCAUGACGCUGCAGCGCAAAUCUCUGGAGGAGACCAAGGAGGAGCCACACGACAGCUUCUAUCGCAGCUCGCACACGCUGCCCAGCAAUGCCAAAAAGCAUGGUGUCAGCAAAAACAACAAUCGCGAGGCGUGGCAAUUCUCGACGAUACCCGCGGCCAGUUCAUCGGAUGAGGAUGUCAACGAAUGAGAUUUGAGCCAUUUUCUUUAAGAUGCCACACCCAAAUCCAAAUGCCAAAAUGUGCAUCCUAAAGAAAACGCAGGCUUCUGAUUCUAUAUCCAACCCAAAAGGCAUAUACAAACAACUAGAUAACACCCGAAUGAAAAAAUACAAUAUAUUUGUAAAAGAUUACGUUCUAAAAUUAGGUAUAUACUUAAAUAUAUAUGUACUUUAAAAUUGCUCAA